GUCUAUAUUCCGAGUCUGUCGCACGACCCGGCGGUUGUAGACACCGGCCGGCUUUUCGAAAUUGGAACGAUUCGGGAUUCAGCUGAGACGUCAAAAUGAGCUACCUGGAGAAGGUUGAUAAAUAUUUAGAUUCCCUCAAAGUGGGAAAAAGUGCAUUGGUGGACUCGUGGUUCAUGAUGUCCAGUCCAACGCCGAUCCUCUGCGUGGUUCUGGCCUACAUGCUGCUCAUCAAGGUGGUGCCGGUUCUGAUGAAGAACAGACCUCCGAUGCAGAUCAACAAUCUGAUAGCGUAUUACAACGCCUCACAAGUGUUGCUGGCAAGCUUGAUAUGCGCUAAGGUGACAUUCUUGCAUGUGUACCACCACGUCAUUAUGGCCCUGUACUCCUGGAGCUACCUGAAGUUCGCGGCUGGUGGUGAGGGGGCUAUUCUGGCGCUCUUGAACUCCAUGGUGCACGUGUUCAUGUAUACCUACUAUCUCCUCUCCGGAUUCGGUCCAAGAUUCCAGAAAUACCUUUGGUGGAAGAAAUAUGUCACCACAAUGCAACUGAUCCAAUUCGUCAUGAUGCUUUUUUAUUGCGCAUGGACACACUUCUCACCUCGCUGCCAAUAUAACUCAAGUUUUACCUACUUCAUCAGCGGCAACAUAACAAUUUUCCUGUUUCUCUUUCUCAACUUCUACUCUAAAAGUUACAAGGGCAAGAAAGACAUAAAGAAAGAAAUCAAAGAGGAGUACAACAAAACUAGAAAUGGUAUCAAAACUGACGAUGCUACCAAACUAAUUAAUGCUGUAACACAAAAUGGCAAAAAAGAAGAAAAUGGAUUUCAUCGAAAUAAUGUCAAUAAUACUAACGGGGUAGGAGAUAAUAUUAAAUUAAAGAACUCAAGUGAGGAUUACUCGAAGGAUGGCAAAAUGUUACUAACAAGGCGUACGCUUAAUGGAACAGUAGAGCAGCAGUAUGACUUUGGUAGCGUAAUAAAGAAAUGAUUUAAUUUCUUCGAUUGUGGUUAGAAAAGGCUUCUAUUGAGACUGAUGUUUGUGAUGACACAGAUGCGAGUUUUAAUUUAUUUAAGGUUGUAAUAUUAAAAGGGGAUUUUAGUUGUAAAGUAUGCUUAAACUUUUAUUCAUUGGCAAUGCUAAACACAGCUCUUUGAAUAAAAACUAUCAUUAAUGAUUUUAUGCUGAGGGGUCCAUAUUGACUAAUUUAAAAUUUGUAUAAAUGAUUGUUUUAUUGAAAGAGUUUAUACAAUUACGUGUAAGAUUCAAAUCUUCAUUGAGAGACAAAUUCUAAAGUUCCAGCAUAUCGUAGACUAUAAUUGCAAAAGAAUUUAUGCCAUCAGUAUAAAUGUUUUACAGUGAGAAGAUACGCUUUAAUAUUUGAAAUGUUUACAAUAAUCGCCAACCGCACAAUUAUUGUUAAUUAGAUUUUAAGAUCAGGUGGAAUGUAAAUGACAAUGUUUGAGGAGCAUAGUUUAGCUUUAGAGUAUACUAACAAUAAUAUUAUAACUAAGAUUGAAAUUAAUUCCAAUUCAAAUACAUAUUAGUUUAUUAAUUAGGGCAUUAGUUUUAUUCAUCAAGGGAAGGAUCAAAGAUGUAUAAUUAUUCCUUUUAUUAUUUUAUGUAAUUAAUUUAAUUGAAUCAUAGGGAACCAAAAUGCAUUUGCUGGAAAUUCUGAAUUUCUUCAAAGCGGUUGAACGACAUAAAUAAUACUAUAUAAUAAUAACUAUAAAUUUCACGUUUCAGUGGACGCCUGGAUUUGUUGAGUAUUUUGUAUUUGAGUACUUGUUCAAUUGUUUUCUGCCUCUUUAUCGAUUACUUUGUGAAUAUUAGGUAUAUGUCUCCCAGCCUAAUAUGGUUACUAUCGCUUUGUAUUUAGGACGAUCAGAAACGUAUUUAGUUAAACGCUGUCAUUAAGUAAAGAAUAUUUAGGAUGGCAUUUAUAAUUAUAUUUGGUUUUCAUAAUUUAUAGGUUCUAAAUGGGCCCAAUUUCUAUGUAGUGAUGUAAAGGCUAAUAUUAUGAAAUGAAAAGGAUAAUUCAUAGCUUUGAUGGAUUAAAUGGUGAUAUUUAGUCUAUUUUACUUCAUACUGAUUGGAAAACUGUGGCCUCAUGAUCGGUUAGUCAUCAUACUUGAUAAUAAUUAUGGUUAGUGAUAUAAUUUGUCAUAACAACGUUGAAGAUUAAUAAAUAUGAAUGUGAUUGUAGCUAGCAGCGCUGGCUGGUGCCUUAAAAGAGGUCGUAGCAGUUAUAUCAACUAAUGUUCAGGCAGAGCAAUGGCUUUUCCUGAGGCGAGGCGAUUACGUCGCGAUUCUGAUAGGUGUGCGUUGCAGUAGGGAGUUUCAUACAAAGAAUACUGAACGGUUCGAGGUUAUGCGGUGACAAUCCUCUUCCCAGUUGAUAUUUCUGCUACGACCUUAAUAGUUGUUAUGUUUCAAACCGCAAGUUUUAAUUCAGAGAUAUGUAAUAUCAAGGUAUGAACAAUUAUAUUUUUCAUGAUUUGUCGGAUUCUAGGGAUUCAUAUGAGCAUUACUAACUACUACUAAUUUAUUAUCUUUUAAAAAUAACAUUACAAAAUUGUUAUUACAUAAGUGAAUAAAAUAAUAAAUGAUUGUUUU